UUGGCCAUUGCCUUCACUUUCUCUCUCUCUCUCGCUCUUCAAACUGUUGAAAGAGAAGAGAAGUUCAGGUAGCGCCUUCAAGUACCUACCACUUCUUGGUCUUCCCAAUAUAUACACAGCUGAUUUUGCAUUUCAGCUGCAGAGCAAUUCAAGCCUCCAUUUUCACCUGAAAAAGGAUUCGAAAACUCGAGAAUUGAAGACAAACAGAGAGGAAUUCGCCAUGAAAUUGCACAAACAGGCGAGCGUGAAUUACAGAAGAGAUGAAGAGACGGCCCAGCAUACCCCGCCUUACUCCCCCAAAACCCUGAAACACCCCAGAUCUCUACCCAGAUCCAUCAACUAUCUCCUCAGAGAGCAGAGGCUUCUGUUCAUCCUCGUCGGUAUUCUCAUUGGCUCCACUUUCUUCAUCAUCCAGCCCAGCCUUUCACAUCUCAGCUCUUCUUCCCCGAUUCCUAGAUCCCACUCUUUCCACCUCUCCAACAAGGAGGCGCUCCCCGUGUAUACCCCUGCCAGGAGUAGCGGCGGAUAUGGCGCCGCCGGGAUCGGGAGAGUGCCCGUCGGGAUUGCCAGGAAGCGGAUGCGGAUUGUCGUCACCGGCGGGGCCGGCUUCGUCGGCAGUCAUUUGGUCGAUAAGCUGAUGAAGAGAGGCGACGAUGUGAUCGUCAUUGAUAAUUUCUUCACCGGCAGAAAGGAGAACGUGAUGCACCAUUUCGGGAAUCCGAGGUUUGAGCUCAUUAGACAUGAUGUUGUGGAGCCUAUUUUGCUCGAGGUCGAUCAGAUUUACCACUUGGCUUGCCCUGCUUCCCCGGUUCAUUACAAGUAUAACCCUGUCAAAACAAUCAAGACAAAUGUUAUGGGCACUCUUAACAUGUUGGGACUUGCAAAGAGGAUUGGUGCAAGGUUCUUGCUUACUAGUACGAGUGAGGUUUAUGGAGAUCCACUUGAGCAUCCCCAGAAGGAGACUUAUUGGGGAAAUGUUAAUCCAAUAGGUGAGAGGAGUUGCUAUGAUGAGGGAAAACGUACUGCCGAGACUUUGACUAUGGAUUAUCACCGAGGUGCAGAAGUGGAGGUGCGCAUUGCUCGUAUUUUCAAUACAUAUGGACCUCGAAUGUCACUAGAUGAUGGACGUGUUGUCAGUAACUUUGUGGCUCAGGCUAUUCGCAAGCAACCUAUGACAGUGUAUGGUGAUGGACAGCAAACAAGAAGCUUCCAAUAUGUUUCUGACUUGGUUGAUGGACUGGUAGCAUUGAUGGAAGGUGAGCAUGUUGGGCCUUUCAACCUGGGAAAUCCUGGGGAGUUCACCAUGUUGGAGCUUGCUGAGGUCGUGAAAAAAGUGAUUGAUCCUAGUGCAACAAUCGAAUUUAAACCCAACACUGCUGACGACCCUCACAAGAGGAAGCCGGACAUCAGUAGAGCAAAGGAACUUCUAAACUGGGAGCCGAGAAUCCCCCUGCAGGAUGGGCUGCCCCUCAUGGUCAAUGAUUUCCGCAACCGCAUCUUGAAUGAAGAUGAAGGAAAAGGGAACAAGUAAAGAGUGAGAAGCAUAAACAGUAUGUAUAGAUCAUACUCUAGUUUGUUAUGUUGUUUAUUUCUUUGUCUAGUUCAUAUAUUCAUUCUUUCUUCUUCACACGUGGCCAACCCAACAGCUAUAGUAUUCUACACAAUAGGAAUAAAUUGUCUUAUUUUGAUUUUCUUUUUUUGGGUUGAAUUCAAAUUUUGUAUCUUUACCUUACUUCAAAAUUGGGCAUUGCCUUGCUGUGUAAAACUCCUUUGUGAUAUUUGUAAGAAGCUAUAGAUUUGUGUCUUAAAUGUC